AUGCUGUACAAAAUGCUCCGUAUCGAACGCGAAUACCAGUUAUGCAGUGAAUAUUGUGCGAAGCCGAGGCAGGUUUUCAUCACCCAGUCUCGAGUCCUUGCAGCAAAGGUAGAAGAUUUGUUUGCCUCGUAUUUGGAGUCGUUGGCCAUUGCGUCAAAUCGCAGCACGAAGUACAGAAAAUCUGCUAGUGAUUCUGAGGCAAAAGACGAAUCUUUGGAAGACAACGAAGACAUGGAAUUGGGGGGCAAUCUUCCUCGACGUUUUAGCGAACUUGAGGACAAGCAUUUCCCUCUGUUCCUGACCAUCGACCGCCUUUAUAGCAUGAUUGAGGCAGACAUAGAGGCUUCUGAAAAGGAAGUCAAACCUGAAUCCUUCCAAAUUAUAUCACCCGUGUCUCGUCCACUUCAACCGGCCACUGCGGCGAAAGGAAAACUUGUGACGUACGACAGAUUCCUGGGGGAAUACUGGCCACAUUUGAAUCAAUCGCUGAGGAAAAAUAUUACUCCGAACUUGGUCUUUAGCGAAUUCAUGGGUGUUAUUCAAGGUUCGGAGUACACAGUGACAAGCGGAUGUCUCGAUCGAAAAACGUACGAAGAGCUAUCUGUGAAAACACAACCAACCUUCGCCGAGCAUCGAUCCGUUAUCUAUGGUCUUUUCGAGGCGUAUCGCAAGCUCAAGAACGAAAGAUGGGAUUACGAUGCACCGGACAGAACGCACGCUAUCAUUCGUGCCAUUACUCAGCGUCAAGGUAUUUUGGGUGAAAUAUUUGACUACGUCUACGUCGAUGAAACGCAGGAUAAUCUACUUGUGGAUGCCUUAGUGCUUCGACUACUUUCUCGAAACACUGAUGGCUUGUUUUGGGCCGGAGAUACUGCCCAGACAAUCUCAGCAGGGAGCUCAUUUCGUUUCAAAGACUUAACUUCCUUCAUGUUCAAAUUUGAAAAGCAAAGGCUUCUUCUUCAGAAUACAUCACAAUUAAGUCUUAUGGAUAAGUCUGAAAAGCCUAAUACUCCAAAACAAUUCCACCUCGCUGUGAACUAUCGGUCACAUUCCGGAAUUGUGGACUGUGCUCACUCGGUCAUCGAGCUGAUAAUGAAACAUUGGCCAUACAGUAUUGAUUCAUUACCACGCGAACGAGGCAAUACCACUGGUGUCAAGCCCAUUUUCUAUCAGGACGUCUAUCCUGGUUACAUUCGAGAGGGGCACUUCCUUUCUAAGGGUAGCAAUAGAAACGAAAAGAUUGAGCUAGGGGCUAAUCAAUGUAUUCUUGUUCGCGACGAAGCUGCCAAGCAACGACUGGAAGAAGAACUCGGAAAGAUUGGACUCGUCAUUAGACCUGUCCCAAUGGAGGCUAGUCCUCAACAACAUCUCAAACGAGGAUCGAAACUCAAAUCCCUAUACGUAGCUAUUACACGUGCACGAAAUAACCUGCGAAUUGCCGAUGAAUCGUUAAAGGGUGAGCCAAUGAGGGCGCUAUGGUCUAACCGCGGGCAAAUUCGUAACUGCCACCCAGAUGACGACCUUUCUGACUUCGCUGUGCCAUCUAGCAAAGAAGAAUGGGCGAGGAGAGCCCUCGAGCUAUCCCGUAACCACAAAUAUUCUCAUGCUAGGGAUAGCUACGAGAAAGCAGGAAACCCCCGACAGGCGGCUGUGGAAAAUGCUCGUUAUCUAGAACAGCUUGCUCUCAGAAUUCCAUCUAAUACACGGAAACGCGAGCGCGAAGCAGCUUUUAAGGUGGCUGCUGGUGCAUUUAUAUCUUGCGCCGAAAGUGCCUUGAAGUCGCAUACCAAGAACAGCCACUACAAGUCAGCAGCGCAAUGCUUCGAAGAUGCCGGUGACAACCUGUCGGCUGCGAAAACAUACGAGCUGAUUCCAGACUUCACGAAAGCGUCACUUUUAUACCGGAAACUCGGAAGAUUCGACGUCGUCCACUCGAUCCUUGUUCACCAUGCCGAAGAGGUCGACAAUAUGGAAUCUCUUCGAGACAUUGUACGACUUUAUUAUGUCAACAAAAAAGAGUUCGACAAAACUCAUCAACUAUUCGAGACGGUCGAGGACGAGAUCGAGUAUCUCGAGGAUCGAAACCUCGACAUGGCUCAAGUGGAUUUGUAUCUGAUGCUUGGUAGGAGAAUCGACGCAGUAGACAUUCACCUCAAAGAAGGCCGGUUUCUUGAAGCUGUGGAUUUAAUCAUUGAAGGCGUAAACCUUGACAGCAAUACAUCCCAACGAGCUGCACACUAUAUCCUUCAGGGACUAUGGCAAAAUCUAUCCGUUGGGACGUCAACAACUCCUGAGAGCAAGCAAAUCAACGAACUGUUGAAACGCUUCGAAGUUCUCGACAAAGGUGCAAUCGAGUCCGCAGAUCUACUUGAGUUUCAGAUGUUCCAAGCAAUAUCUGAUAGGGAGUUUGACAAACUCGCUUCGCUUGCAAAAUCGCUGGCUGCUUCAGGUAAUCCUGAUGCAGCCUUCCUAUGCCUCGACUAUCACUACAACAUUUUGCCAUCCCUGGAUACAAUGGACAUCUACCAGAUAUCGGCCUCCCUGCAAUUAUUCUCCGAGUACAUCUGCACACUUCACAACCUGGCGUUCUGCCUGGAUCCCAGUUCUGACUACCGAGUGAUGAAGCUUUUUGGAAUCAUCAAGGUGGAUAACGACUUCAUGGUUUUGUCCAAUAAUUUUCUUUCUCGAUCUUCUUCUCUUAUGUCAAAGAGCCGUGGAUCAGAAUCAUCGUCUCGUUACUUUUCCAAAAGUGAUUUAGUGUCGACUUAUCAUACAUGUACUCAACGGCACCUUCUGGAUCGCGUGACCAGAGAAAAUGACAUCUGUCGCCGGUCUUCUGCGCUAAAUCCUUGCCUCCGACACCUCGUUUACUUGCACUUUGGAGGAUGCAAUGAGGUUACAUGCCGCCUUCAAUCACACAUCUCACCAGACGAUGCCUGGCGCCAAAGUUGGCUCUCUGCUCAUCUACUGCAAAUCUCUAUAUACAACAGUAUAUCAGGCAUACAAUACAAAAGCCAAAUGCUUCGCGAAAGGCGAUUUUGGAUAGGGAAGUUGCACGAAGUUUUGAAUCCUCCCCAUUAUCUCUUGGCAUCCACAUACGAUACUUAUUGCGAUAUCGCUGAUGCGAAAGCUAAAUGGGCUAUUGUCAACGAUUGGUCACGGUCUAUUUCUUCUGAAAUUGGGUAUCAGUGGCCGUAUACAGCUUUCUUGACGACAGUAAUUCAAGCCGCCGAUAUGGCGUUUACGCUCAAUCGCACAGAAGCUUCUACAUUCAUGUUCCGUUCACAAAUUUUCAUCUCGCCAGACACACCAGAUGUCUUUCUGACGAACAACGCGCAGAACAUUCUCAAGGCCCUCAUCUUUUCUAUGGACGGCAAAGCCUCUUCAAGUCUUCUUAUGGGAAUCUCGUUCAUUGACCACGUCGUUAACCUACAGAUUCCGGUUGACAUAAACACUUUUUUAAGUUUCAUAGAGGAUAUCUGCUCAUCACUCAUCAUUUGCAACCAAUACUGCUGGAGACAAAACCUGAGCAAAGUUACACUUCCUCGUGGAUGGAUUGUCAGAGCACUCAAAAAGUUCGAUCCAGUUGUAGCCGCACAGCAAGACACACGGGGAAAAUUUUGGAUGUUAUUUAGGCCUUUGCGUGCAAUUAUACAUGGUAUUCAUUCAGGGAGUGCAAACCAUUUCCUUUGCGGCGACGACAUGCGCAAGCUGACCCUUCAACCACCCGUCGUCAGGAAUGUCUUCAUAUCUCGAGUUUAUGUUAACGCAGAAAAUUUCGGCGGGAUUAUAUUGGCUACGCGACGCUCCUUACGGGGAUCGACAUUCGAUGAGAUGAUACGGAUAAUGCAUUCAACAGAUGUCCAAUAUCCAAUAUAUGAGCUUGAAGAUCUCCGCCGUGUCGUAUACACCAACAUUGGAGAGCUACUUGAAAUCCUCGAUCCUAGGAGCGGCCCUAGAUCUCUUCCUGCGGAUAAUUCUUCGACUUUCCUAGGGAUUAAGGACCCCAUUGCUCUAGAUGUAGGACCGCUAUCCGACACCCGUGAGAUGGAAGGAGGAAUACCCACAGAUACACAGGAAGAUGGCACAUUGGAUGAGACUGCCUCGGAAAGUGCCGAUGACUUGGACUCCGACCUUCAGCACCAGGAGGAGAUUCCACAAAUCGAAAUUCCUGAAGAUCUUCAGGUUGGAUAUUCCGACAGAGAAUAUUCCGCCAUUUCCAUCAUCAAGCAAAAAUUCACUCGCAUUGUACUCUCGCGGAAACGGUUGUUGAAAGGGUCCGGUCUCGUUAGCACGAUUUAUAAAUGGGCAUCUCUAAGCAAACCAAUGGCGCGACAAAUACCGCUUCUCCAAUACAGGCUACGAUAUCUCGCCUUUGUGCCUGCAAUUCUAGGCUGUCUCGAGGAAGUAAAUACCCUUGUAAUGACCAAGAAGGCUGAGCUGAAACUGCGAUUCAAACAUGGUACAUUGCGCCACCAGGAGAUGGACGAUAUCUCUGCCAACCUAACUCGUAUCACGGUUGUUGUAAAAGCAAUAAAGAAACAUCAAGAAAUUUUGCGCCCUCAAUCCGAACUUCAUGCUCGGCAGGACAUCGGAGACCUGAAGAAGCAUGUUCAAUCGGGACUAGACCUUUUAUCUGACUUGCAGUUACCAUUCCACCUCCCAGAUGAGAUUAGGAAUGAGCUUCAUAUGAUAUACAAAGGUCUGUUACAGGAGCCCCGACCUUGCCUUCAGACAAAGAAGAUCCCAAAAAAGCCAUCAUUGAACGUCGACGAUAUUUAUUAUCCCAUUGGACAACAUAUCUGCGAGUGGGAAGAUGAGUGGCUAGACUUGUAG